AUGAGUGGGACUCUAACCCGGAAGCAUAAGAAAUCCCUCUAUGCCCUCCGACGAACCAUCAAACAAGCAAGGCGUCACAACAGGACUAAGAUUGAAUCGUUCUCCGACGCUCGUCGGAUGUGGCAGGGCCUGCAAACUAUUACAGACUACAAAGGGAAGCACAGCCGCGAGCUGCCCAGUGACACGAGCCUAGCAGACGAGCUACAUUCCAUCUAUGCUCUCUUCGAGACAAGUAACACUGAAGCAUGCAUGAGAGCAUCAGCUGUUCUGGACAACAGUGUGAUCGCGCUCUCCGUAGCCGACGUGAAUCCUCCCAGGAACACGUCAGUAUCUGUGAUUCCCUCUGGCGAAGUGUUAGAGGGCAGUUCAGUGACUCUGACCUGCAGCAGCGAUGCCAACCCAGCAGGGAUCAGCUACCGCUGGUACUCAGUGAGAGCGGGUGACACCAGAUCUACAGGCUAUGGGCCGGUCCUGAGGACCAAAAUCUGGGCGGACAAUACCCACUUCUACUGUGAAGCCAAGAAUAUGUGUGGAGCACAUCAUUCAACGAUCACUAAAGUAACCGUGUGGUAUGGUCCUAAAACCAUGUCAGUGUCAGUCACCCCAUCUGGACCCGUGUUUGAUGGUGCGAUGGUGAAUCUGACCUGCAGCAGCAAUGGCAACCCACCAGUAAGCAGCUUCACUUGGUACAGUGUGAAGGGAGACCAGGCGACACGGCUUGGGGUUGGGACGAGGCUAGAGACCAGUGUGUCUGCAGAAGUCCACCAGUUUUACUGUGAGGGCAGAAACGACCACGGAGGACAGAACUCAACGCUGAUAGAAGUGGUUGUACAGUAUCCUCCCAGAAACACGUCAGUAUCAGUGAAUUCCUCUGGUCCAGUGUUGAAGGGCAGUUCAGUGACUCUGACCUGCAUCAGUGAUGCCAACCCACCAGUGUCCAGCUAUAACUGGUACUCAGUCGACGAGAGCGAAACACGCAGUGUGAUAGGAGUUGAACAGAUGUACACAGUAGCUAAUGUCCAUGAUCCUCCCAGGAACACGUCAGUAUCUGUGAGUCCCUCUGAUUCUGUGUUAGAGGACAGUUCAGUGACUCUGACCUGCAGCAGCGAUGCCAACCCACCAGUGACCAGGUACCGCUGGUACUCAGUGAGAGAGGGGAAGGAGGACUAUGUGGCCUCUGGACAAAAACUAAUCCAGGCCACAAUGAAUGUUAUUGACGGAAGAGAAUACUACUGUAAAGCCCAAAAUCAUCAUGGAGAGGAUCAGUCAGCGACUACAAACGCAUCUAUGGAGUUUGCUCCUCAGAUCUCAUCCUCCUCUCGCUGCCUCCACUCCGGAUCUCAGGUCAGCUGUACCUGUGACAGCCACGCUAACCCCGCCCCCUUGGUGCAGUGGCGUCUGUCUGGCCGACAUGUCAAUCCUUCCACAGCCACGGCCAUCAGGGAGGAGCCUCUGGGCAGAAUUGGCCUCAGGAGCACUCUGACCAUCCGUCAAUCACAAGAAGACACGCCCACUGCACUUUGCCUCAGCUCCAACUCUCAGGGCUCUGCCAGUCUGCAGCUUUGUGUCACCUCCACAGGUUACCAGAUGCUGUCUCUGUUGGAAGAGGACUCUCUGUACGCCAGUGAAUCCACACUGACCGGACACCCGCGAGCCAACGGGGCCAAUGGGAAAGGGACCAGAGGGGUUAAUCCAGACCUCCAUGGGCCCCAACCCACAGACCCUCCUGGAGGUCUACACUACAAACCCCCACCCAUAGGCCCCCCUAACUGUGAUCACGUACCCCUCCAGCACUCCAGCCUGGAUACCACCACGACCAGGAUAGAGGGGUAG